AUGGCUUGGAGACAGAGGAAUGCAACUAUUGAUACCUUACUCGAAAGAGUAGUGGGUAUCCUGGAGAGGCAACACGAGCCAGCUCCAAAACGAGGAUUGUCCAAGUUUCAUAAGAAUAAACCCUCUCAUUUUCGCAAUGGGUUUGAUCCAGAUGGAGCCCAACAUUGGCUGGAGGAGUUGGAGAAGAUAUUUGAGGCCAUGACGUGCUCAGACAAUGAGAUGGUUGUUUUUGCCACUUUUAUGCUCGCGGGUGAAGCGAAGCAUUGGUGGAGAAUUGCUCGCCAGCAGCUGAUAACGGAUGGGACUGCCAUCGAUUGGCCGACCUUUCGGCGUAGAUUCCUAGAGAAGUACUUUCCUGAGGAUCUUCAAAGGAGGAAAGAGUUGGAGUUUCUAAAUUUAGAGCAAGGGGGUAUGAGCAUAGGAGAAUACGUCGUCAAGUUUGAUGAAUUAUCAAGGUAUUGUUCUUACUUCUCCCAUGUUGAUGACCGAGCUAGAUGCUCCAAAUUUGAGAGUGUACUUCGACCUGACAUCAAGCAAGCAGCGUGGAAGGGCGUGACACCUCGUAGGCGUGUAGAGAAUGGUGACUUUAAAAGAAGGGAGAUUCGGGAUAGGAAGAAGCCAUACAACUGCCCAGAUCACCAGCAAAAAAGGAGUUCUUUUAAUACUAGACAACCAGAUCAUAGUGGACAGAGGCGACCUGAGUUGUGUUGCUAUAGCUGUGGAGGACCUCAUCUUCAACGGGAUUGCCGUCGCAACCCUGUGACUUGCUUUAGAUGUGGCCAGCAGGGUCAUUACAGUUCUUCCUGCCACAUGACAAAGAAUGACGCGGGAGGAAGUGAUAAGGGAAGAAACUGGAAUGCGGAUCGUAACAACAAUGGGGUCAGAAUCCAAUGGGGAAUCGUCAUCAACCAAACCUUGGCAACUCGAAGAAUCUACCUGGGAGACCCAAUCCAAGGGGACGCGUAUACACAAUGA